AUGACUCCGUCUCCCAGCUCUCAAGAACCUUGGUCACUUGUUGGCAAGACUGCCAUCGUUACCGGAGCAUCUCGUGUCAUCGGAAAGGCUAUCGCCAUUCACUUAGCCCGUAAGGGUCUUUCCAAGUUGGCCAUUACCUUUGCAAGCAACUCUCAGGCUGCACAGGAUACUCUGCACGAGUGCCGCAAGCUCGGAGUCGAUGCCGCCGUCGCCAUCCAAGCAGACGCUUUUGACCCUUCGUUUGGAGCAAAGGUCGUCUCUCAGACUCUCAAACAUCUUUCCACCGAGUCGAUCGAUAUUCAUGUCAACAACGCCGUCCUUGGCGACCCCUCCAAAGUGCAGCCAGUCAGCAACACAACACUGCCGGUCUUUCUUGAAGUGAUGCAGGCGAAUGUCUUCGCCCCCAUCUCUUUGACCACCGCUGUCCUGCCGCAUUUGCCACCUUACGGGGGCCGAGUUGUUACUAUAUCGAGUGUGCUGGCUUAUCAGCCCAACUUGGACCCCACCAUGACUUACGGAGCCAGCAAAGCUGCCCUUCAGAGCUACACGCGCUCGCUCGCUGAGCAAUUCGGCAAGACCACCAAGGCUACCUUCAACAGUGUCAUUGUUGGUCUGAAGGCGACUGAUACGAUCAAAUCCAGCCAGGAUCUGCUUCCUCCAGGGUAUAUGGAAGGGCAAAUUCGAGACACAACGGCGGCUGACCGCAUUGGGGUUCCGGAUGAUAUUGCCUAUGUCGUGGGGUUUCUCGCUAGCGAGGAGUCCCAUUGGGUAAAUGGCGCUGCUGCGGCAGAUACAUCAGCAGUCCCUUGGUCAACCCCUAAGAAGAGGGAUGAGCUUCAGGAUCAGUUCAGCCUGUUCAGUAAGCUGGAUACCGAUGAGCAUACGCAGCGCCUGCUUUUUCGGAAGGUUCAAAAGGGCUUUGAUGAGAAGGCAUACCAAUUGGCAGUAUCCCAGCGAAAGAUUGAGGCACUGCAGGCAGAGGUUGAUGCCAGUAGGGCCAGGAAACGGAAGAAGGUCAGAAUGAGCCCAAAUUCGAAGUUUGCCGAUAUUGAGGCUAUUUGGAGGGCUCAAAUCGAGGCGGGCGAACUUGAAAGUAGCACAGAUGAAUCUAGCGAGUCUGAAAACCCUAGUGACAGCGAAAGUUGCAUCGUCGUGGCAUCAUAA